ACGCCUAUAAAUAGCCAAGCCCUAAUGCCCCUACUGCCCUAAUUACCCAUUCGCCUUUUCCAGACAGCGCUCUUUUCUCUCUCGAGCAAAACAGCAUAGAAACGGCGAAAAAGAGGAAUUAGGGUUUUCUUGAUUUACCUCUAGGGUUUCAGGUACAGUAGAAGAUGUCUCGUGUGUAUGUUGGAAAUUUGGAUCCACGGGUCACUGAGCGAGAACUUGAGGAUGAGUUUCGUGCAUUUGGAGUUAUACGAAGUGUUUGGGUAGCUAGAAGGCCACCAGGUUAUGCUUUUAUCGACUUUGACGAUCGUAGGGAUGCGACGGAUGCAAUUCGUGAACUGGAUGGUAAGAAUGGCUGGAGAGUUGAGCUGUCUCACAACUCUAGAGGUGGAGGUGGAGGCGGAGGUGGAGGUGGUGGCGGUCGUGGAGGGGGUCGGGGUCGCUCUGGUGGUUCUGACUUGAAGUGCUAUGAGUGUGGUGAGCCCGGUCAUUUUGCCCGUGAAUGCCGCAUGCGUGGGGCUUCUGGAAGACGACGUAGUCGCAGCCCCCAAAGGUAUCGCAGGAGCCCAAGUUAUGGACGUAGGAGUUACAGUCCACAUGGGCGAUCUCCUAGACGUCGCAGUUUGUCACCUCGUGGACGCAGCUAUAGCAGGUCACCACCACCAUAUCGUGGACGUGAGGAGUUGCCAUCUGCCAACGGAAAUGGUCUUAGGGAUCGCCGCCGAAGCAGGAGCUAAAUUGCAGACUGGGAAUUUCACUUUAUUGAGGGCUUUCAGAUGAUUGUGUGUGUUUACUACUAUGCUUGGACUUUGUUUAAGUGGGGUGACGCCCUCAGAUUCGACUCAUGGAUUUGGUUAAGUUUCUUUCUUACUUUUAUUAUUAAGUUUGUUAAUUUUCUUUUCCUUCUGCCUAUGCACCAUAGUUGUUCUUUUAUAGGCAAUGGAUCUUAAGGUAGCUACUAUAAAUUUAUAAAAGAUAAAAAAUUGAAAGAACUCUGCUAAAAUGUUUAUGCUUUUUUGUUUUUGUGUCGAGGUGUCUUCCUGGUUCUGCUUCAUUGGUUUUGUGCACCUACUACUCUCUGUGGUUUCUUCGUUCCUUGCUGCCCUGCCCUGCUCUGGGAUCUUCAAUUUUGAAUGAUUGUGGGUCCCAGCUGGCUACGUUACUAGAUGCAUGCUUCUCUGUGAUUGAAUUUCUGCGGCAGUGAUGCGCCUCCCUCAAAACUGUAGUGGCAUUUCUUUUAGAUACUUGUAAGGAUUGAGGAGCUGCUUCAAUCUGUUCUUCUGGCAGGUAUUUAAUCUGUUCUACAGAAGUUGGGGAUUAGGCGUUCUUGGUUCUCCUUAUACUAAAAAGGGAUUUGAGUUUAUUGGAACUUCACUCCUGGACAAGGGUAUUUGAAAAAUAAUUUGAGUGUUGACUUGUGGGUAGUGAGGUGGGGUAUGAAGGGCAUGGUUCAUGUUUUACUCUCAAAACGUAGUGUCUUGCUUUCUCAAAACAAAAUAAUUUUUCAACCCCCUUGCUGUGUUAACAUUUUUGGCUUGCCUAGAAGAUAGGAGAAAGGAGGAAGGGAUUUUUAUGUCAUUAAAACUUCAUUGGACAGGAAAUUACUGCCAUGAAAUCUCCAAAUUAUUCUCAUAUUCUCCUAUCUCUUUGCAAGCAAGUGCAUAAAAAAAGGCUUGGAAAUGAAUGGAGUUUGUGUAGUGUACUGAGCUUUAGGUCCCAUAAAGUUUUGUUUUAUAUAUAUAGAUAUUUUUUCUAUUAAAACCACUUGAUUGCAUCUUUUGGUCCGAUGACCUUGUCUAAGUACAUGGUGUUACUCCCACUUGCGAUAAGUGCUCUCCAAAUUUAGAGGAUCAAUGCCAGUUGGUCUUUACCCGAAGAACUUCGUUGAUUGCCUUUGACCAAGAUCUUAAAAAGCUGACUUGAGAUUCCUUCAAGCGUCAUUGCAUUGCUUCCUUCGAGCUCGUCUUCAUUUUUUUUUUCUUCUCUUCAUGGUAUUGUUUUUAUAUUUAUAGAGUAUUUUUUUGGGUUUGCUGGGGUUAACCAAUAUGGCUACGAUGUAAAGUGGCGUCUUAAUUCUUUUUUGAUUCUGCCCUGUGAGCUACUACUAAAAUAAUCUGGUUUGCAUGGCGCUUUUAGUAUA